UGGGUUUCUAGAAAUUCAGUGAUAAAUACAGUGAUAAACAAAGCCAUCAGACGUACCAUUGUUUGUGAGAUCCGUUUAGUGACAAUCGCGUCAAGACAUGGCCUCAAACGAAGACAAAUUCGAUGGCAUACUGUUGUCGAUGGCCAGAGAGCACACGGGAGGCGUUCAAGAGCUUUUAGACACAUUCUUCUCGUUCUUGUGCCGGAAGACGGACUUCUACUUCGGAAGCGCCGACACCUCAGCCGCCGAGGCUUUAGUGCUUAAGACGUUUCGCAAAUACAAAGAGAUUUCAGACAAAGUGAACGAAGAGAAGAUCAAAGAGAGGGAAGAAGUGGAACGUAAGGCACGGGAGAGAAGGGAUCAGAAGCGCAGGGAAGAGGAGGAGAAGCUGAAGGCGGCGGCCAAUAACGAUGAGGACGAGGAGGACAACAAUAAACUGAAGCCUAACGCAGGAAAUGGAUGUGAUUUAGACGACUACACGUGGACGCAAACCCUAUCGGAACUGGAGGUGAAGGUGCCGUUGCGGGUGGCCUUCAAACUGCGUGCUCGCGAUAUAGUCGUCGAGUAUAAGAAGAAGCACCUGAAGGUCGGUGUCAAAGGUCAACCCCCGGUCAUCGACGGGGAACUCCAUAACGAGAUCAAAGUGGACGACUGCUGUUGGGUUCUGCAGGACAUGAAUACAAAGAAGCACCUGAAGGUCGGUGUCAAAGGUCAACCCCCGGUCAUCGACGGGGAACUCCAUAACGAGAUCAAAGUGGAGGACUGCUGUUGGGUUCUGCAGGACAUGAAUACAGUAGUCAUCACUCUGGAGAAGUGCCAUCAGAUGGAGUGGUGGCCGCGGCUACAGAUGACCGACCCCGAGAUGAACACCCGUAAAGUGAAUCCCGAGGCCUCCAAGUUGUCCGACUUAGACGGCGAGACCCGCUCUAUGGUCGAGAAGGUGGGUGCGAGUGAGGGCUGGUUGUUGUGGUCGACACUAGCCGUGUGUUUGAUUAGAAGGGAAAGUAAUAUGAUGUACGAUCAAAGACAAAAGGAAUUGGGUUUGCCUACCAGUGAGGACCAGAAAAAACAGGACGUCAUUAAGAAGUUUAUGGCGGAGCACCCGGAGAUGGACUUCACGAACUGUAAAUUCAAUUAA